GAUUGGACGAAGUAAGCUACGUUUUCCUGCGCCCAGGAACAGGAGCACGCGGCCCGAGCCCGACGGGCGGCACUGCGAGAAAUAUGAGGAUUCGCCCGGGAUGCGCGGCUGUACUAGCGCUGCUACUGCAAGCCGCUCUUGUGGCGAGUAAGGCUGUGGAUCAAACGCAAUUACAGCAGAAGUCACAGCAGCAAACUCCAUACGGUACCGAUGCGCAAAAACGAUGGGGAGGCGAUAGUGGUAAUUAUGGCAGCAGCGGUUAUGGGAGUGGCGAUAUUGGUGGUCACUUCGGUGGCGGCGGCGACGUCGGCGGUCAUUUUGGAGGUGGCGAUGGCGGUGGUCAUUUUGGAGGUGGUGACGGUGGCGGUCAUUUUGGAGGUGGCGAUAUUGGUGGUCAUUUUAGCGGUGGCGAUGUCGGCGGUCACUUUGGGGGUGGUGACAUCGGAGGUCACAUAGGCGGCGGUGACAUUGGUGGUCAUGGAGGUGAUAUCGGUGGUGACAUUGGUGGUCAUCUAGGUGGAGGUGAUUUUGGAGAUGGCGGUGGAGGAAUCGGAGACCAUCAUGGCGGCCAUGACGAUCAUCAUGACAAAGGCUACUGGAAAAAGAAACUAAUCUGGAAGCCGGGCUGGAAGAAGAUCUGGAAACCGGCAAAGAAACAAAUCUGGAAACCUGCAUGGAAGAAAAUCUGGAAGCCUAUUUGGGUACCAACUCAGAAAGCGGUGUGGAAGGAAAUUCAAGUACCAGCUUGGAAGAAGAUCUGGAAGCCUGUGUGGAAAGAGAUUCAAGUUCCGGCGUGGAAAGAAAUACAGGUGCCGGCUUGGAAAAAAAUCUGGAAGCCGAUUUGGCAGCCAAUCAAGGUACCCGCUUGGAAGGAAAUCCAAGUACCCGCGUGGAAAAAGAUUUGGAAGCCUGUUUGGAAAGAAAUUCAGGUACCAGUGUGGAAAGAAAUUCAAGUCCCCGCUUGGAAAAAACUUUGGAUUCCCGAAUGGGUGAAGGUUGGCAUACCGGGUGAACACUUCCACGGCACGGAUCAUCAUGGAUGGCAAUACACCAGCCAUGAUCUUUGGAAAAAGAAGUUGAUCUGGAAGCCGGUGUGGAAGAAAUAUUGGAAAUCGGCGAAAAAACAGAUCUGGGUCUCGGAUAAGAAACUUGAGUGGAAAGAGGCUUGGAAACAAGUUUGGAAACCAGCGAAGAAACAAAUCUGGGUAGAGGAUAAAAAACUGGCCUGGAAAGAAGCUUGGAAACAGAUCUGGAAGCCGGCCAAAAAACUCAUCUGGGUCCCUGACAAGAAACUCGAGUGGAAGGAGGCUUGGAAACAAAUCUGGAAGAGUGAGAAGAAAUUAGAAUGGAUCCCCGACAAAAAGCUCGCUUGGAAGGAAGCAUGGAAGCAAAUUUGGGUACCAGCUUGGAAGGAAAUCUGGGUACCAGCGUGGAAAAAGAUAUGGAAACCAGUUUGGAUAUCCGAGUGGUUCCCUAAUGAGGAUCAUCAUCAUCAUCACGGCUGGGACCGUAAAGACACACAGGCUCAGAACACUCAAAUUGUGCCUUAUAGUCCUGAGAAAGGUGUCCAACAGAAUAAGCAAACACAGCAACAACAAGCGCAGCCACGACAACAUCAGCUACAGGAACGUAAAGUGGACAAUAACAAAGUCAAAUGGGACAGUUCCCAUUCUUUCCAAGCAGGUUCGCCGACGAUCACGCAGGAUUUAGUACCGCCACCUGCUAAUCAAAACGGAGGUCAAGCCAACUUUGCGUUCCCUACCCGUUGACAGGGCUAGAUUUCCGUGCAGAAUAAUCGCACUGUAAUUCACAAAAAAAUGCUUGUACAAACAUCUCCACGGGAGAAUGCUGUAACAUAAGCCGCUGUAUAUACUACAUCUUAGGAUUAAUAUAAGGUCGCGUAAAGCUUAAGUUACUCGAAAUUGUUUGACUGACGCGCUCCCUGUCUUUCGGAGUACCUCCUUUACCUAGAAAUGUCGUAACCUUUUUUCCCUUUCCUUGUUUUCUUUUUUUAUACACGUUGUUGUCA